UAAUAUAGCAAUAUAUCGGUUUUAAGUCUUGUCGAGUUGGUAGAAGGUGUAGUUGAAUGAUAAACCGGUGUAUUCUAUAUAUAUAUAGCUGCGUUACAGCCAUUGCGAAACUUGAAAUAUUGUUUGUAUACAAAAUUUGCAAAGCCGGCCGUGAAAACAAAACAACGUAGAAAAUGGCCUGCCCUUUCAAUAAAGACAACCUGACUGCACUGAAAAGUAUCGUUGACACUUGCAAAGCUAAUCCAGAAGUCCUGCACAAAGAGGAAUUAAAAUUCUUCAAAGAAUUUGUUGAAUCAUUUGGAGGUCAAAUACCUAAAAGACAGAAGAUGGAGGAACCAAAGAUAAAUCCAGCUGAAGGUAAGCCUCAGGAGGCUGAGGAAAGUGAUACUGAAUCUGUUCUGGAGUUUGAUAUGGAGGGCUGCCUGGAGCCAGACACAGUAACCGAUGAGCAGGUUAUGGGUGAUGAUGAGAAGAAACCGACUGAGGAGGAGAUUGAUAAAGCUGAUGAAGUCAGAGGUCAAGGCAUGCAUGAAUUCUCUGAAGGGAAUUAUGAGAAAGCCAUACAGUUUUUCACUGAGGCCAUACAAAUGAAUCCAAAGAGUGCUAUACUGUUCACCAAGAGGGGACAGUCCUACAUCAAAAUGAACAAGCCAAAUGCUUGCAUCCAGGAUUGCACCAAAGCUCUGGAUCUGAACUGUGAUUCAGCUGCUGCAUUUAAAUUCAGAGGUCGGGCGUACAGAUUGCUUGGGGAAUGGGAGAAGGCUGCCCAUGACUUGAGACAGGCCUGCAAAAUUGAUUUUGAUGAGCAGUCCGAUGAAUGGCUGAAGGAGGUGCAGCCAAAUGCGCUGAAGAUUCAGCAGCAUAAAAUCAAGCAAGAGAGAAAGAAUGCUGAGAAGUUGAAGGAAAAACCUAAGGAAACAGCUAAUCAGCCACCACCCAAUAUGCCUAACUUGGCAGAUUUCCUAAAGGAUCCAAUGUUGCGUGAAGCUAUGAACGAUCCUGAGAUAAGCGCUGCAUUUAAUGAUAUUGUAUUGAAUCCAAAUAAUAUGGACAAGUACGUCUCGAAUCCGAAAUUCGCCGCAUUCGUUGAGCUUUUGAAGAAAUGGAGCAACUUCCCAAAUCCUGACUUUGGAAAGACAGCUCCACCAGCUGAGGAGGAUGGUUUGGAUUAGAUCUCACUUUGAUAUUACUUGCAAAAAUACUGGAAAAAAAUUAAUAAAUUAGUAACUGUCAAUAUAUAUUAAUCCCAUUUUUGUUUGUUUGUUACUAAUUGGC